AUGGCGCUGCUUGCUUCCAUUCAAAAGAUAUGGAAGCUAACUUGGUUUAUAGAGGACGACUUACUCUCACUCGAAGAGUUUAGACCCAGCAUCGACGCGCUUGUGGCGGAUGAGCCUAUCGAUGUCAACAUUCGACACCCCCCUGGGGGCUUUGAGAUUUUUGGUAGGACUGGAACGCCUUCGGCGCCACCCGGACUUCCAAUUCCAAGCGUCCAACAUUCACCUGCUAUCUCACAUGCGUCACUCCACACCAUGAACUUUGGGCGACAAACCCCGUCAGUGGCGUCACCCAAGGUUUCGUCUAAAUCUGCCCCAUCAGCUGCCCCAAGCCCGCUGAUAAGCAAACGCACAAUUACUCCAUCAGCCUCUGAAGCGAAAAAUAUCAUCAAGGCACUGGCCGCUGAAAGUGGUUUAUCCAAGGAGAUUGCCAAAGCCAAGGCCCCAAAGAUAGUCACCUUACAGGACGAAGAUUUCCCAGCUCUCAACUCACCAAAGGCUUCAGCUGCGGCCACACCUGUUGCUACACCAAAGCCAGCACCAAGUAAGGUAAGCUCUAGCAAGAAGUUGAUAGGUGAGGCCGCACCUGAGAAGAGCGCCAAGAAGACCAAGAAGGAGGAGAAGAAGGAGAGGAAGGAAAGGGAGAAGGCCGAGAGAGCAGAAAGGCUUGAGAGAGAGAAGGCCGAGAAGGCGGAAAAGGAGAGGUUGAAGGCCGAAGAGAAGGAGAAGGAGAAAGAAAAGGCUGCUGCUGUGGCUGCGGCUGCGAGUACGGCACCUGUCAAGGUUUUGGAGGCGCCUUCAACUGUUGCCACAUCCAAGGCCGCAGAAAAGACUACUGCUGCUCCUGCUGAUAAGAAGAACGACAAGCGUCCUGUGCCUGGCAUUCUCAAUAUCGCGGCUGCCACCAAGGUCUCCCAGAUUCGGAAUCUGGAAGCUCCCUCGGCAUCGACAAAGUCGACUACCGCAGAGAAGGACUCGGCGUUCCCUGCGCUGCCUACUCCGACACCGGUUUCCGUUUCGUCACCACUUUCACGGGCUGCACCUAAAACUCUAAGACUGGUGGCCACGCCGAAGACGGAGACGCCAUCGACGCCUAUCAUGGGUGCGGGUCCGUCUCUCACCGCGCCCUCGGCGCGCUCAUCUGCCGCGGCAUCUGCCCAUCGGCCUGAGACACCUGCCAGCGAACUGAUCUCCGACAGCGCUUCCAUUAUUUCCGCUUCCAUCUCGGCCUCGCGGACCAACUCGCCUCCUCCGUCUUCCAGGAUUGGGUCCGCCCCAACCCGGACCACGACCAAGAGCCAACAGCGAAAGCAGCGCAAGGAAUUGACCAAGAAGGAAUCGGCCGUCCUCGCUGCGCAGCCUAUCAAGCCAGAGCCCGAGGUCGAGAUUGGGCCCAUCAUCGGCCGCAAGAAGAAGCAAAAGAAGGAAAAGGAGAAGCCAGCUGCUACACCGACCACGGCGAAGAGCAGCUCCGAGCCACCGGCUGCUUCCCCUGCUCCCUCAACAAAGGAGACCAAGGAGACCAAGGAGUCCAAGGAGGUCAAGGAAGUGAAGGAAGAGUCUUCAACCUACCGCUCUACCGCCAAUGAAACUACUACUUUGACUGGUGAGCCUACUCACAAGAACAGAUAUGACUCCAACACCCCCGAUGGUGGCAACCAGCAGAACGCCGCCGUCCCUCGCGAGGGGCCCUUGCCUCACGAGAUCCUUCAAAGCCUCCACGAGGCCGGCCUAGUUCCCGAGAACCUCGAGAAGCUCGCCUUCUUCCAGCCCACCACCGUCCCCCUCGACCGGUGGAAAAAUGACAUCAACGCUGCGGGUCUCUGGGAGCUGGCAGCCAAGAACACCAUGACUCCCACCAAGAACAUGGUUACCGAAGAGGACCAGGCCAUUUUGCUGUCUGGCAAGCCCGUCAGGAAGGUCGUCGACGGUGUCCGGAUCCUCAUCACCCCCAACGGCGAUUGCAUCCGCAACCUCACCGCCGACGAGGAAGACAGAUUUUUGGAGCUCCAAAAUGCAAUCGCGGAGGAGGCAGCCUCCCCGGCGUCAUUCAUCUCUUCCCGUCACGACACGGGUUCUGGGUUCUCGCUCGUUAAAGGGAGAGCUGUUCCCAAUGGACCACCGAGUUACUUUCCCCAGGGCAAGGGAGCUUUUCCUAGCGACCCGGUGAACAAAAUCCAGAGGGAAGAGGCGAUUUACUACAUCAAUCAGUAUGUCCUCCCGAGACUGAACCUCAACUCUAGGGAUAUGAGUUUUCCUAAGGCGAUCUCCAACUGGACUGGGGGGAGUGGACAAGGAGUAGGACAGCAACAGCAGCAGCAGCAGCAGCAGCAGCAGCAACAACAACAACAGGCGCAAGCUAAUGCUGCUGCGGCGGCGAAUUUGGGGGCGAUGGCGCCGUGGUUGUAUGGAGCUGGGGGACCGGGGAUGGUUGGGCAUGGGGGGGGUGAUAUGGCUGAUGCUGUUGCUCCUGAGCUGAAUUAUCCUGGUCCGGUCGGGGCGUUUGCUGAAGCUGGGGGUAGUAGUCCGGGUGUGUUUGCGAGUUAUCUUGAGGGAGGGGUGGAUGGUAGUGGUGGUGGUGGUGGUGGUGGUGCGGAAGGGACAGGGACAGCAACAGGGCAGAGACAUGUUCCCCCGGGCGCUGGGGGGCCGGCGGGGCCGUUUGGGAAUGUGCCGCUUAUGAGUUUGGAGGAUGCGGAGCAGGCGCUUUCGGCGGCGAGGAAGGAGGCGGAGAAGCUGGAGAGGAGCUUUGUUAGUUUGGUGAAGAAGAAUAGGAAGUUGUUGUUGAGCACUAAGAAGGAGGAGGAUAGGGGUGUGGUGGUUCAUGAUGGGGUUGUUUUGAUUGGGAUGGCGGUUGGGUUGGCGAGGGCGUUGAGGGGGUUGGGGAGGGUGCAUGAGGUUGCUUUUGCGGUGGUUUGGAUGGCUGUUGUUUUGGUGGAGGGGUUGGUGAGUGCUGUUGUUGGGUGGGGGGUUUGUGGGGUUAUGGAUUGGAUGGGGACUGAUUAUUAG